AUGCCUGGGGGCUACGGAGUGAUGGGGGACGAUGGGGCCAUGGACUACAGCGUCCACGAGGCCUGGAAUGAAGCUACCAACGUGUACCUGGUGGUGAUCCUUGUCAGCUUCGGGCUCUUCAUGUAUGCCAAGAGGAAUAAAAGGAAAAUUAUGAGGAUAUUCAGUCUGCCACCUCCAGCAGAAACUCUGUCAGAGCCCAACUUUUAUGACACAAUAAGCAAAAUUCGUUUAAGACAGCAACUAGAAAUGUACUCCAUUUCCAGGAAGUGUGACUACCAGCAGCCGCAGAGCCAGGCUGACAGUGUGCAGCUCUCGCUGGAAUGA